UAAAAGGCCCAUGCGGGCUUGCGGGCCCUUCUCUUGCCAGGCGUCCUCGUGCGAGGAACAUCGUCUUUAAACCCCACGUGGCAAUCCCUGACGCACCGUCGUGAUGCCCAGGGAAGACAGGGCGACCUGGAAGUCCAACUACUUCCUUAAGAUCAUCCAACUCCUGGACGACUACCCAAAAUGCUUCAUCGUGGGAGCAGACAAUGUGGGCUCCAAGCAGAUGCAGCAGAUCCGCAUGUCCCUGCGGGGCAAGGCUGUGGUGCUGAUGGGCAAGAACACCAUGAUGCGCAAGGCCAUCCGGGGCCACCUGGAGAACAACCCGGCCCUCGAGAAACUCCUGCCACAUAUCCGGGGCAACGUGGGCUUCGUGUUCACCAAGGAGGACCUCACUGAGAUCAGGGACAUGCUGCUGGCCAACAAGGUGCCCGCUGCUGCCCGUGCCGGGGCCAUUGCUCCGUGUGAGGUCACCGUGCCAGCUCAGAACACCGGUCUGGGCCCCGAGAAGACUUCCUUCUUCCAGGCUUUGGGUAUCACCACCAAGAUCUCCAGGGGUACCAUCGAAAUCCUGAGUGACGUGCAGCUGAUCAAGACUGGAGACAAGGUGGGGGCCAGCGAGGCCACGCUGCUCAACAUGCUGAACAUCUCGCCCUUCUCCUUCGGGCUGAUCAUCCAGCAGGUGUUCGACAACGGCAGCAUCUACAACCCCGAAGUGCUGGACAUCACUGAGGAAACCCUGCACUCCCGCUUCCUGGAGGGUGUGCGCAAUGUGGCCAGUGUGUCUCUGCAGAUUGGCUACCCGACUGUUGCUUCUGUACCCCAUUCCAUCAUCAACGGGUACAAGCGGGUCCUGGCUCUGUCUGUGGAGACAGAUUACACCUUCCCACUUGCUGAAAAGGUCAAGGCCUUCCUGGCUGAUCCAUCUGCCUUUGUGGCUGCUGCCCCUGCAGCUGCUGCCACCUCUGCUGCUCCUGCUGCUGCAGCCGCAGCCCCAGCCAAGGUGGAGGCCAAGGAGGAGUCGGAAGAGUCGGACGAGGAUAUGGGCUUUGGUCUCUUCGACUAAGCCAAAAAGCAACCAGCUCAGCCAGCUUUAUCUACGAAACGAAAUAAAGGCUUACUUCUCUAA